UGGUGGGUGUCUUCGUAUCUUCAUUCUGCUCCAUAGAUUGAACUCACUUGUGCGUGAAUGCAUUACGUAUCUGUCUCUCAGAAUAACCGUUUUGACGGAAGACUGUCAUCAAAUGUUGCAUCUCACUCAGCAGGCUUUCAGAGUCAGAUACCAUACGCGCUCUAUGAACUAGCGUACGUAAUGCACUACCGCAUUGUGCUGGAUGAUGGCAGCUUGUGGCCUGCAAAUAUAGAUCUGUAUGCGUUGGCUUGCGGUAUACGCUGUGUCCCAAGGCUCCAUCUGCUUUCCUUCGUACCAAAACAUCAAGAAAAGGUAAAGUGCCAUCUUUUUCCACUUCCAUAGUGAAGUUAAUAUUCGGAUGGAGUGAAUUUAAAUGUUGAAGAAACGUAGGUAGAGUAUCCAGUCUGUGUGGCCACACCACAAACAUAUCGUCAACAUACCGCUGGAAACAAGAGGGUUUGAGAGUGGCUGACUGUAGUGCUUUAUCUUCAGAGUCCUCCAUACAAUAAUUGGCCACCACAGGAGAAAGAGGGCUCCCCAUGGCGACACCAUCCAUUUGUUCAAAAUGUUGGUCUUGAAAUAAGAAGUAUGUCGAAGUAAGCACAUGUUUAAAUAGUGCCACUAUGUCCUCCUCAAACUUGUUACUAAUAAGCUCUAAAGAGUCCUGCAAGGGCACCUUUGUAAAUAAAGACACAACAUUGAAGCUUACUAAGAGAUCUGAUGAUUGCAGUCUAAGAGUUUUCAAGCCUCUCCACCGUUAUGAUGGCAACAAUAUUCCAAUCAUGAAACGAAAACAGUUACGACAAUUAAUACUACUAAAGAUUACAAAAUAUGCAAUUAUAUAACAUUUAAAAAAUAACUUCAUACUUUCUCUCUAUGGCACCCUCCAGGAAGCGGUUGCCAUUGUAUAAAAAUAGAAUUAAUUUGGCGAGAAAGAAAGGUAUAGUGGCAGUAUUUUACCCAACAGUGCCUGUCGAUUGGUAAAUUUAUCCCCUCACAAACACCAUGCUUUCAAACUUCUGCAACGUGAAUUCAAAAUGAUUAGCCUUGAAAGUUCUCUUCCUAUUAAUGCAAAUACCUCUUCUCUCUAGUAGUACGACAGUGCCGAUGACGUGGGGGUCGUCUUCUGCAGGAUUAUUCCCGUGCAUCCGAAGAUUUGCUGCAGUGUUUCAUGAUGCGCGUAGAGGGGAACAUGUGUACUUGAAAUUGUAGAAAUAAAAUUCUUCCCUUUCACAAGCUAUCCAACUUUUAGUUGUUGGACACAGAACAAAUAUACGUCCCUACACUAUGGCAGACAAGAACAGAAGAGCUAUGUUACUAACAUUAAAACAAGAGAGAUGGUGUAAAAAAAUCUGAAGGUACAUCAUUUUUAAUUUUUUCCUCGCCCUCACAGAUUACAUUAAUGCGGCGUAAUAUGAAUCGAUAUAUCUUUGGCGCUUUCAACUGGUUUCCAGUUAAACCUAUCCUACAACUGAGCUAUGGUAGCCAGUAGGCAGGAAAUUAGCAGACUAGGUUUAUCAUAACAACUGAGCUAUUUUUCAUAUGUAUCGCUUCACCGAAGUUAAGCUAAAAUAAGCAUAAUGGGUAACAUAGACAGUUCAUUUACAACCAAGGAUUAGACAGAUCUAUCAAACAUAAGGAGGAGACAUGGUGGAGAAACGUUCCCCUGGGAUGAGGCAUGCUCUGUAUUUGAGGACAUCAUGUCAAGUUCUAUUCCAUUGGCAGAACAGAUGAGACCAGUGGACAUAUCCGAAUUUGUUGGUCAAGAGCAUGUUUUGGGUUCAAACAUGAUCCUGCGAACAUUGCUUGAGAAGAAGGAUAUUCCCAGUAUGAUACUCUGGGGGCCUCCUGGCUGUGGCAAAACCACACUCGCCCAUAUCAUAGCCCAGCAAUGUAAGAAGAAUCAAUCAACAAGAUUUGUGAAAUUAUCUGCUACAAUGUCUGGUGUCAAUGAAGUAAAAGAAGUUGUCAAAGUUGCAAAAAAUGAGUUAACAUCUUUUAAAAGACGUACAGUGUUGUUUAUGGAUGAAAUACACCGUUUUAAUAAAUUGCAACAGGAUAUCUUCUUGCCUCAUGUGGAAAGUGGGGCGAUAACUUUAAUUGGUGCCACUACAGAGAAUCCUUCAUUCAGCCUCAAUUCAGCAUUGUUAAGUCGGUGUAGGGUAAUUGUUCUUGAAAAACAUGAAACAAAACACAUAAUUGCAAUUCUCCAAAGGGCAUUAAAAAGCUUACAGGGAGUGAUUGUGAAAACUAAUCAUGUUUUUAGUGUAGCAAACAAUAAACAUCAACCAAGGUUUUUCAUCGAUGAAGCUACUGUUACCUGGCUAGCGGAAAUUUGUGAUGGAGAUGCCCGUAUUGCUCUAAAUAGCUUACAGUUAGCAGUACAAUCCAAAGGAACUGAUGGUUCCAGUGCUUUUGUAGUGUCUCUGGAUGAUAUUAAGGAUGGAAUCAAGCGCUCUCAUAUACUGUAUGACAAGAAAGGUGAAGAACAUUACAACAUAAUUUCAGCACUGCAUAAAUCCAUUAGAGCGUCUGACGAUAAUGCUGCCCUCUAUUGGUUGGCUCGUAUGAUUCAAGGUGGUGAAGAUCCUAUAUUUAUUGCGAGACGACUUGUUAGAGCUGCUAGUGAAGACAUUGGGUUAGCAGAUCCCAUGGCUCUAACAAUGGCAGUUUCAGCAAUGCAUGGUUGUCAGCUAUUAGGCAUGCCAGAGUGUGAUGUGUUAUUAGCGCAGUGUGCAGUAUACUUGGCAAGGGCUCCAAAAUCAGUGGAAGUAUAUCGCGCAUUGGUUCGUGCAAAACAAGCAAUUACAGAUUACAGGGGUCCACAACCCAGUGUGCCUUUACACUUGCGAAAUGCUCCUACUCGCCUAAUGAAAGAUCUGGGUUAUGCGAAGGGCUACAAUAUGGCUCACAAGAGCAUAUCAGGGCUUCAUUAUAUGCCUAAAGAAAUGGAACAUAUAAAUUUCUUCAAUGAUAAAUGAAAGAAGUAAUGCUUCAGAGACUGCAGACAAUAGUGCUCCCAGCUGUUGUGGAAGUUUAAGAGAAUAGAUUAAAGUGAAGUUAACUGUGUACAGAGAUAUUAUUUAUAUUAGGAGAAGUUAUUUUUGUAGCAGAUGAGUAAUUAUGUACUGUAUUACCAAAAAUGUUAUAAUUAAUAUGCACGUUUUCUAAUUCUCCUCCACCGUGUGUAUGUGUGUGUGUGUGUGUGUGUGUGUGUGUGUGUGUGUGUGUGUGAGAGAGAGAGAGAGAGAGAGAGAGAGAGAGAGAGAGAGAGAGAGAGAGAGAGACCAUAAAUAUAAAUGUUAUUGAUCCAAUGUCCCUCAAGAAGAAUAAAGAUUAUUAAGACUUAA